GGGGAGGGGGCAUUCGCUCCGCUGGGACUUCUCACUCCCCACCCUGUUCUUUUAGGUGUGGUUUGGUCCGGACGCGGGGGUCCCGGCAGCUGGCUUGAGCUUCCUCUGUCGUGAAAGGGGAAAGUAGCUCCCGUGGAAAGCGGUUAAAGUUGCGGAGAGGGUGCGAGACGAGAGUUCUCCCCCAUGCCCGCCGAAUGGUGCGGCCCUGAGUUGGUCCCGGAGCCGGCGCGACGUAUCUGAGAGAGGGGGCGGGCAGGUGGCCCGCAGAACGCGGGUUCUGUGAAGAGACGUGGGGAAGAUUCGACUCCGAGAAGAGGAAGAGGAUUGAAAGGGAGCGAGGCCGCUGAGGGGGAGGGGGCUGCCAAGAUGGCGUCGGCCUCUUCUGGGUCGUCGGCGGUCGGGUUUUCAUUCGCGGACUCCGGGGUCCCUCCCUGCACCUCGUCUUCAGCAUCUGGAAUCAAGAGACCCAUGGCAUCUGAGGUGCCUUAUGCCUCUAGCAUGUCCAUGAAGAAAAUAGGACACCGAGGUGUUGAUUCCUCAGGAGAGACAACAUAUAAAAAGACAACCUCAUCAGCUUUAAAAGGUGCCAUCCAGUUAGGCAUUACUCACACUGUGGGGAGCCUGAGUACCAAACCAGAGCGGGAUGUCCUCAUGCAAGACUUCUAUGUGGUGGAGAGUAUCUUCUUCCCGAGUGAAGGGAGCAACCUGACUCCUGCUCAUCACUACAAUGACUUUCGGUUCAAGACCUAUGCACCUGUUGCCUUCCGCUACUUUCGGGAGUUAUUUGGUAUCCGCCCUGAUGAUUACUUGUACUCCCUCUGCAAUGAGCCGCUGAUUGAACUCUGCAACUCUGGGGCUAGUGGUUCCCUCUUCUAUGUGUCCAGUGAUGAUGAAUUCAUCAUUAAAACAGUCCAGCACAAAGAGGCGGAGUUUCUGCAGAAGCUGCUUCCAGGAUACUACAUGAACCUCAACCAGAACCCUCGGACUUUGCUGCCUAAGUUCUAUGGACUGUACUGUGUGCAGGCAGGUGGUAAGAACAUUCGAAUUGUGGUGAUGAACAAUCUCUUACCACGGUCAGUCAAGAUGCAUAUCAAAUAUGACCUCAAGGGCUCAACCUACAAAAGGCGGGCUUCCCAAAAAGAGCGAGACAAGCCUCUCCCCACCCUUAAAGACCUGGACUUCUUACAAGACAUCCCUGAUGGUCUCUUUUUGGAUGCCGAUAUGUACAAUGCUCUGUGUAAGACCCUGCAGCGUGACUGUUUGGUGCUGCAGAGCUUCAAGAUAAUGGACUAUAGCCUCCUGGUGUCAAUCCAUAACAUAGAUCAUGCACAACGAGAGCCUUUAGGCAAUGAAGCACAAUAUUCAACUGACACUCGCAGACCAGCCCCCCAAAAGGCUCUCUAUUCCACAGCCAUGGAAUCUAUCCAGGGCGAGGCUCGACGAGGUGGCACCAUGGAGACUGAUGACCAUAUGGGUGGCAUCCCGGCCCGGAAUAGUAAAGGGGAAAGGCUGCUGCUUUAUAUUGGGAUCAUUGACAUUCUGCAGUCUUACAGGUUUGUUAAGAAGUUGGAGCACUCUUGGAAAGCUCUGGUACAUGAUGGGGACACCGUAUCAGUGCAUCGCCCAAGCUUCUAUGCCGAACGGUUCCAGCGCUUCAUGUGCACUACAGUGUUCAAGAAGAUCCCCUCUCAACCCUCUUGGAAAAGCAUGAAGUUCCAGAGUCAGAGUUCAUCCAUUGAACAAAAAUCCUCAGAAGACCUGGAGCAAGAUUCUACCAUCUCUGCGAUCCCAAGAUGUCAGCCCUUGACCCAGCAAUGCUGAGUUUUCUUUUUCUUGGUCAUCAAAAAAAAUGUAAUGGAGGCUAAGGGAGCUCUCCAUCUCCUCCCUGAAGAAGAACCUCUUCUACUUCCCCUUCCUCAUGAAUGGGCAUUAGUGCCUCGGACAGUUGAGGACAGCAGCAUCCUCUGUACUCCUGAGCUGGGUGGCACAAGUUUUCAACUAGCCAGCCUUGCUUCCACAACUGAAUUGUUUUCAAACCCCCAUUCUUCCUAUUGGAAGUGGGGUUGCUGGACUUGGUGGUUUUCUUCCCCCUCAUCUACCUUUCACCAGGAGCUGGACUCUUAAUUUCCUCAGGACAGACUGGCUGGUACAUUAUCCCGACCUUAGCUCUUUUUCUGUGGAAGAAGACCCCUGUAAUCUUUGUAAAGUUUUUUUGGGGGGUAAGGGUGUUUAACCACCUCCCAGCCGCCUUCUUUUGGUUCCUUAAAAAAGGAAAAGAAAAAUAGCACACAAUUUCAAGCCAGACAGUUUCAGAUCAAAACUCCAUAAGUAUUGGAGAGAUGCUUAUUCAUAGGGUUCCCUCAGAAGAGCCCUGGUGUUUGAGAAACAGAAGCUGCUCUGCCAGGAGCGGCUCCUCUUUAACUCCUCCUCUCUUAAUGAAUUUCUGAAAGCUAAAGGAAUGGAGAGAGUGGGACAUGGGGUAAUCUUUACCCCUUUUGUUAAACAGUGGGGCAGUCAUAGGGCUAAAAGGUCAGAACCCUUCCUAGGCAGGACCCUACUCACGGCCAGGCCAUAAUGAUUAUUACUGUUUUGCAAUUUGAAAUGUAUUCUGCUUGUUUUUCUAAAUAUGAAGACUUAUCAAAUGAAUUUUAGAUUCUUCUCGAAAGGAGAUUUCUUCCUUGCUCUUACCACCUUUUCCAACAGCGUUCUGCUGUUCGUGGAGCUGAGAUGGAGAAGGGGACACCUGUGUCUGUUUAACAGGUAGUCCAUAACUGUGAGGCUAGAGAAUAUUCUCUUAAACUCAUGGAGAGCCAGCAGAUUCUUGCCUUAGUGAGAUCAUUGCUGUGCCACAUGCCCUGCCGCCUCUCUUCAUGCAGAGAACGUGGAAACAGGGGCUGUGUAAUCCCUCUCCUCCCCGUGUUCUCCAUCUGAUCCUCCUACCCCUGUCAGGGGAAGAAGGGGGCCUGGCAUCUCAGGCAGAUUGUUGAAUCCCCAUCCUGUCCCCUCUCCAUCCCACCCUGCCUUGAUAGUAGGUUAGCUCAUACCCCGAGUAACUGUCUAUAUUAGACACCCCCAGCCAGUUUCUGGCUGCCUGUCUUUGCUGCCAUGUUCUUUUUUACAAGAAGAAAAGAAACAAUUCUUGCUAUUUUUUUUUUCAUAAUUUACUAUUUAUGAUGUAUUUAAGUGUUUUAUUCAGGACAGAGUUCUGUAGGGGGUGGGAGGGAAUAUUUGAGGGAGGCUGGGUCUUAGGGAAGGGAAUGGGGAAUCAACAUUUUUAUGAAGUGUCACUAUUUGCCUCUACUUUGUAUUGUUCAGAAAUGGCAAAUACAAUAUAAAAGUGAUAAAUA